GAUGCCGACAUUUUACGGAACUGUUUUCAAGAAAGUGUUGUUUCCAGACGGGCCCUGAGCCACACUGUCCAUUUAUCAUUACCCCAGUAUACCGAUUUUAUUUGUAUUAUUGUGUAAUUUCACGUAUUUACGCCGUAUAAUUGAAGUGUAAUGGCGUCUAAGCGAAAAGCAGACAUGGUGGUCCCUGCUGAGGAAAGCGACCAGCUCCUCAUCCGCCCUCUUGGCGCAGGCCAGGAAGUUGGGAGAUCUUGUAUAAUCCUGGAGUUCAAAGGGAGGAAAAUUAUGCUGGACUGCGGCAUCCAUCCGGGUUUAGAGGGAAUGGAUGCUCUUCCCUAUAUCGACCUGAUCGACCCCGCAGAGAUCGACCUCCUCCUCAUCAGCCAUUUUCACUUGGAUCACUGCGGCGCUCUGCCCUGGUUCCUCCAGAAAACCAGCUUUAAGGGGCGGACAUUCAUGACGCACGCCACCAAGGCCAUCUACCGCUGGCUGCUGUCAGACUACGUCAAAGUCAGUAACAUCUCUGCAGAUGACAUGCUGUACACUGAGACCGACCUGGAGGACAGCAUGGAUAAAAUAGAGACCAUCAACUUCCAUGAGGUGAAGGAAGUGGCUGGGAUCAAGUUCUGGUGCUACCAUGCUGGUCAUGUGCUGGGAGCGGCCAUGUUCAUGAUCGAAAUAGCUGGAGUUAAGCUGCUGUACACAGGAGACUUCUCCAGACAGGAGGACAGACAUCUGAUGGCAGCCGAGAUCCCGAGUGUCAAACCUGACAUCUUAAUUAUAGAGUCGACCUACGGGACUCACAUCCACGAGAAGAGGGAGGAGCGCGAGGCUCGCUUCUGCAACACGGUGCAUGACAUCGUCAACCGGGAGGGCCGCUGCUUGAUUCCCGUGUUCGCUCUGGGACGGGCCCAGGAGCUGCUGCUCAUCCUGGAUGAAUACUGGCAGAAUCACCCAGAACUCCACGACAUUCCCAUCUAUUACGCCUCAUCUCUGGCCAAGAAGUGCAUGGCUGUCUACCAGACCUACGUCAACGCAAUGAACGACAAAAUCCGCAAAGCAAUCAACAUUAACAACCCCUUUGUGUUCAAACACAUCAGCAAUCUGAAGAGCAUGGACCACUUUGAUGACAUCGGCCCCAGCGUGGUGAUGGCGUCGCCUGGUAUGAUGCAGAGCGGCCUCUCCAGGGAGCUGUUCGAGAGCUGGUGCACCGAUAAGAGGAACGGCGUCAUCAUCGCUGGAUACUGUGUGGAGGGAACGCUAGCUAAGCACAUUAUGUCUGAGCCAGAGGAGAUCACCACCAUGUCCGGACAGAAGCUGCCACUCAAGAUGUCAGUGGACUACAUCUCCUUCUCCGCCCACACCGACUACCAGCAGACCAGCGAGUUCAUCCGGGCCCUCAAGCCGCCUCAUGUGAUCCUGGUUCACGGGGAGCAGAACGAGAUGGCCCGCCUGAAGGCAGCGCUGAUCCGGGAGUACGAGGAUAACGACCAGGUCCACAUCGAAGUGCACAACCCUCGCAACACGGAGGCCGUCACUCUCAACUUCAGGGGAGAGAAGCUGGCCAAGGUGAUGGGUUCCCUGGCUGAUAAGAAAUGUGCUCAGGGUCAGAGGGUGUCUGGCAUACUCGUCAAGAAGAACUUCAAUUACCACAUCCUGAAUCCAUCCGACCUCUCUACAUACACAGAGCUGGCCAUGAGCACGGUGAAGCAGAACCAGGCCAUCCCGUUCACCGGGCCGUACUCGCUGCUCGUCUGCCACCUGAGGAACCUGACAGGGGACGUGGAGGAGCUGGACGGCACGGAGAAGAAAACGCUGAAGAUCUUUAAAAGCAUCACUCUGGUCCACGAGGUCGGCAUGGUGGUGCUGGAGUGGGUAGCCAAUCCGCUGAACGACAUGUAUGCUGACGCCAUCACCACCGUGGUGCUGGAGGUCCAGUCCAACCCAAAGGCUCAGAAAGUCAUGGAGACGCAGAGUACCACUAUGGACAUGGAUGUCUUCCAAACCCGGUUAGAGGUCAUGCUGCAGGACAUGUUUGGAGAGGACUGUGUGGACUUCAGCGAUGGGAAAGUCAUUUCUGUGAUGGUGGACGGACAGACGGUCCACAUCAGCUUGGAGACGCGGGCGGUUUACUGCGAGGACGACGUCUCAGAGGACGACUCCCUCAGAGAGAUGGUGGAGCUGGCCGUGCAGCGGCUCUACGACGCCCUGAACCCGGCACUCUGAGGACGGGCCUCCAGAUGGGCCCGAUCCAGUUUCAGGUCUCCAACCAGAAACUGGAUCUUUUAACAGAACUACUGUAGAACAGAAGAAUAAGCUUGAUUUUACAUGUUUUAGCUGAUGUACAAGCACUUUAAGUUAACUGUAUUUGUGUAGCUUUUCUGUAGUUUUUAUUUCUACAAAUAUGCAUUGAUUUAGCUUACCUGUGUGAACAUAUGGCUGGUGAUUGUUGCAUGUUAAAAUGUUUUUAUUUAAAAGUUGAUUAAAAAAUUAAGCAUUAGCCAGAUUUGUAUGUUUCCUGUAGUACAAAGUGCCAUUUAUAAAGUUAGUCAAAAAUGAACAGCAAUGAUUUGGGUUACUUAGCCUGCAAUAAGAUUAUAACAGUGGGAGUUAAUUUUGAAAAGAUUUUUACUGUCAGAUUUUUAAUGUUUUAAACCAUUUAGGUUGGAACCUAAAUAUUUAGUCAACAAGCUAAAAAUGAGCUUCAAACUAAAGAUACGAAAUAAUGCAAGAUGGACAAAAAUACAUUUGUGUUCUUGUACUGAGAAAUUUACGGACUUGAAACUGUUUUGUAUUUGCAAAAGAAAUAUCCACAAUUACAAAACUCUUAUAGAUUAUAAGGCACAAAUACUUAUGCACACAAUCCACCGUCAUAGAGCUGCCUGGAGACGUCGCCCAGCUGCUUUAUGGAGGGUGUUGGUGAGGAGGGGCAAAGUCAAAGGCUCCAGAGCUGUUUGUGGGUUAUUUUUUAAUCUUUGGAACAAUAUAACUUUCAACAUUUAAGUAAACAUAAAAGGCACUUCCCCUAGAAUGACAACCUGAUCUUAGAUCACUGGAGUUAUUGAAAAGUGCUUCCAAUGCUUUAUCCGUUUCAUAAAUACUUAAUAAAAUUUACAAGAUUAAAGGAUACAUGACUUUAUGAAAGUCAAAAACAGUUUAAAUAAAAUAUCCAGAGGCUGUGAGUCAAAUUAUAAACUUCAUGUGCAGAGAGAGAAAUCAGGAAUCCCAGCCACCAAACUUCCCAGAGUAAAUAGAUUUAAACAUCCAUUAGGUGAAAAACAUGAUGUUCCUGAAUCCAACAUUUUUUCCACCAAUGUGCAAAAAAAUAACAGAUCAUCUUAUAAUGCUAAACGUUUUAUGCACUAAAGAAAUGUGGAAAUAAAUUAAUAUGUUCUUACAGUA